UCUCUCUGUGAAAUGUUGGGCAUUCUGAGUCUCUGGCUUAUUCUCCACCUAUUUCGCCUCAUCCAAGGGCGUUCGGUGGGCGGUGGCACGGGGAGCUUAGAGGAGGAGUUUUUCGUACCCCAACCUGAUCCCACUAUCUUUGCCUUCAAUCAGACCGAUAAGGGGAUGCCCUGGGACAGUACUUGGCAGUGAAAUGCUUAUUAUUAUUAUUUUCUUUCUAUAAAUUCACAAAUAUAUACUCAUCUAAGUAA